CCUAAUCUUAUUUUAUGCUCCUCGCAAUCGCCUCCUCUAUCCAGAACACCCCAUGGUGUUUAGAUGGUCCUUAGGAGAAUGAAUUCAUUAGUCAAAUGGAUAUUGAUACUCUUUAGCCUGAUCUCAGUAAUAGCGAAUAUUGUCUUCUUAUGCCUUUACUCAGGUAGGCUGCCCAAAUGCUCCUCGAAGCCGCAUCAUGCUUUCAAGGGCAAACACAAUGAACGCAGCACGGUGUUUGCUGAUCUGUCCGCGGAUGAAUAUCUCCAAGUCCGCGACUAUAUGAGUAAUCAGAAAGACUUGGAUAUUUCUGUCAAUGCGCUUACAAAACCUUCAGGGAAUUUUCUCUUCUUAAUUGAUAUUUUGCUGCCAAGGAAAGCGGAUGUUCUGGGCUACCUAGAUAACAAUAAACCCAAGCCGGUGAGAGAGGCGACUGCGGUAGUUUUCUAUGGCACCCGUGGGCACAUUAAAGAAUAUGUGGUGGGACCUCUCCCCAACCCGACUUACCACCGCGAUGUCACGGUUGAGAGGUAUAAAGAAGAGUUGCCCAUCAAUGCGCGUACGGUCACCAUUGGUGAAUAUGCACUUAUUUUCAAGUUUAUUACUGAAGAGGUAUUUACAAAACUUGGUAAAAUUGUGAAAGAAAGUUUUGAUGUCAGUAAAGAGAAGACCCUGAAUGCUUUCGAAGGCAUGCCCCGGGGUGUCAAAUCGGGAGAAAGACAGACAUGGAUAUCCUUCUUUCGUGAUUUGAGUGGGAUGUACAUCCACCCUGUAGGUUUGGAAGUUUUAAUCAACCACGAAAGCACCAACGCAUCUCUUUGGAGUGUGAAGAGAUUACUUUAUAACGGACAGUACUUCGACAGUGUGGAGGAUCUUAUAAAACAAUAUGACGCCGGGACUGUGACGAAAAUUGUAUAUAAACCUGUCCAGAACUAUGCAUCACUCAAACCUAAAAGUAAACCCACCGGUUUAAGCCCUCAGCAGUUUUACGCGCAAGGUAAACGCUUCAGUGUCAAGAAUAAUCAUGUCAUGUAUCUCGAAUGGAGUUUUGCGUUUGGUCUGAGUUCCCUCACCGGUAUGAGAGUUUUUGACAUUCGUUUCAAGGGGGAGAGGAUAGCUUAUGAGCUUAGUGUUCAAGAGGCAAUGUCAGUUUAUGGUUCCAUCACACCCGGCAUGAUUCUGACUAAGUUUUUGGACUCUAGUAUCGGAAUAGGGCGCUUUGCGCACGAGCUCGUUCGAGGCGUGGAUUGUCCGUACGCGGCAACCUACAUCGACACUUACCGAUACAUUGACGUCAGUGCACCUCAUAGAUUCAGGAAUUCAAUUUGCCUUUUUGAGCACAAUACAGGCCGUCCUCUCAGAAGACACUUCUCGGACUUUUUCAGCAAUAGUUAUGGAGGCAUGGUUAACAGUGCCUUAGUUUUUAGGACCAUUACGGCCAUAGGUAACUAUGACUACUUGUGGGACUUCAUUUUUUACCAGAGCGGCUCUGUUGAGACCAAAGUGCAUGCCACUGGAUACAUAUCAUCGUCUUUCAAUGUUGAUGGCAAUCUCAAAUACGGACACCAGGUGGCAGAAAAUACUAUUGGGAACAUCCACACCCAUUUCAUCAACUUCAAAGUUGACCUGGACGUGUUGGGUAAGUGUGUGAACAAUGCAUUUGGCCUAAUAUGAACCGAUGAAAGGUCAAGCACAGUUAUAAAUGUUUAAAUGACUUGUGGCCACUGAAGACCUGGUUUUAACCCCACUUGGUCACAUUGGUGCUGGAAGUGUCUCUGCUAGUUAUCUUUCAUUUCAAUUAUAUGAUUAUAACAUGAUCCAAUAAUUAGAAUUUUGAAUUGGGUUUCUGUGCCACAGGGGUUGAGAAUGUAUUCCAGACCAAGGACAUGAAGUUUAUGAACGUGUCUUUACCCUGGAUGCCGGAGCGCUAUGCCAUGGUUCCUCAGCUGGUGGAGGCCCAGCUAAAGACUGAGAAGGAGGCUGCUCUCCGCUACGACACCAAGACGCCACGCUACCUUCACAUCGCCAGCAACCGCACCAACCGCUGGGGCCACCAACGCUCCUACCGCCUCCAGGUGGUCAGCUUCACCGGUGACAGCCUUCCAGAGACGGAGCCAGAGGAGAAGUCCAUGUCUUGGGCUAGGUGAGUCUCCCUCCUCUCUCCUCCUAAGGAAGGCCCUAAUUCCUAAAACACAGGUUACAGGUAGACCAAAGGUAAAGCAGUUUGACCAACAUUUGUUAUUUUAUUUGCCAGGUAUAAAGUGGCCAUUACUAAGCACAAAGACUCAGAGCAGACCAGCAGUAGCCUGUACAGUCAGAACAACAUGUGGACACCAGCAGUGGACUUCAGCAAGUACAUUGAGGAUGACGAGAGCAUUGAGAACCAGGUGUGUUUUUGGUCUUAAGUGCCGUUGUCUUUACAGAUAUUUUACCCCUCUCUUGAGAUUUGCAAAUUUUCAGUUCAUUGAUAAAUGAAGGUUUGGUAGUCACCAAAUUAGUGCUUUUUUGUCUAGGACCUGGUUGCCUGGGUAACCACCGGCUUCCUCCACAUUCCUCACGCUGAGGACAUCCCCAACACGGUUACCGUUGGAAAUGGAGGCGGAGUGAUCCUGAGACCACAUAACUACUUUGAUGAGGACCCAUCUAUUCACUCCCCAGACGGGGUGUACAUCAGCCCAGGGUCAGAGGGAAACUGUGAAAAUAACAAGAUGGCCUGCUUUGCUGAAGAUGCAUGCAGCCCAGUCGUUGAACCCUUCACCUACAAUGGGUUUGAAGGGACCAUGAAGUUUGAAGAGUGAAAAAAAAACAAGUCCCCAGUCCCAAUCCUGAGUGUGCUCUGUGCUAAACACUAAAACACUUAUGAAAAUGGGAAUCUUGCCCAAGACAACCUUUGAAAUAGUUAAGAAACAACUUUGGAUGGCAUCAGUUACAUUUACAAAACAUAAGGAACACCUUCCUAAUAUUGGAACACCUUCCUUUGCCCUCAGAACAGCCUCAA